AUGCUGCACCUGAAAGUCCAGUUUCUGGAUGACUCCCAGAAGAUCUUUGUAGUUGAUCAAAAAUCCUGCGGAAAAGGGCUGUUCAACCUCACCUGCAGCCAUCUCAACCUUGUGGAGAAGGAGUACUUUGGGCUGGAGUUUCGCAGCCAGGCUGGGAACCACGUCUGGUUGGAACCACUAAAACCCAUAACAAAGCAAGUGAAAAAUCCUAAGGAGGUUCUUUUCAAAUUUAUGGUGAAAUUUUUCCCAGUGGACCCCGGCCAUCUGAGAGAAGAGCUGACCAGGUACCUCUUCACCCUCCAGAUCAAGAAGGACCUGGCUCUGGGGCGGCUGCCCUGCAGUGACAAGAGCGCGGCGCUGCUUGUCUCCCACCUGCUGCAGUCUGAGCUGGGUGACUUCCAUGAGGAGACGGACCAGCAGCACCUGGCAACCCACAGGUACCUGCCCAACCAGGAGUACCUAGACAACAAGAUCAUGCACUACCACCGGAGACACAGCGGGAAGACACCGGCUGAGUCAGAUGUGCAGCUGCUGGACGUGGCCAGGAAGCUGGAGAUGUACGGGAUUCGCCCACACCCUGCCAGCGACGGGGAGGGGACACAGAUCAACCUGGCUGUGACACACAUGGGGGUGCUGGUCCUGAGGGGCAAUACAAAGAUCAACACGUUCAACUGGUCCAAAAUUCGCAAACUGAGUUUCAAGAGGAAGCAUUUUCUCAUCAAGCUCCAUGCAAACAUCUCUGCACUGUGCAAGGACACGCUGGAGUUCACCAUGGCGAGCCGGGAUGCCUGCAAGGCUUUCUGGAAGACGUGUGUGGAGUACCAUGCCUUCUUCAGGCUGUCUGAAGAGCCCAAGUCAAAGCCCAAAGCCCUUCUGUGCAGCAAGGGCUCCAGUUUCCGCUACAGUGGGAGGACACAGAGGCAGCUGCUGGAGCACGGGAGGAAGGCGAAGAUGAAGAGCCUGCCCUUUGAGAGGAAGCACUACACAUCCCGCUACGAUGAGAGGCAGUGCCGCUCGUCCCCAGACCUCCUGACGGAUGUCUCCAAGCAGGUGGAGGAGCUGCGCCUGGCCUACGGCAGCCGGGGCUCCUACCAUGCCAACGGGGUCCACACCUCUGAGCCCAUGCUGGACAGCCGGCGCCGGAGCUCUGCUGUGGAGGUGACAUUCGCUGCCGAGCUGGAGCGCUCCAAGCCCGAAGCAUCUCCCACCUUCCUGCCCCACUCCAAAAGCUCGUCUGCCUUCCCCUUGCUCUAUGCCGAGCUGGAGUUGGAGCGAGCAUGGGAGCCCAUCGACCUCUUCAGCGCCAGGAACCCCUUGACCUCCUUUCGGCCCCAC